GUAUCACUUGCUGGUUUAUAUUUGCAAACUGAAAUUACAUUUGAAAACUCAAAAUGAAGCUGAAGAUCAGUUCCCCACUUCCAACCCCAGUCGAAUCUGAUUCUGAAAAUGAAAAUCCAAAAAUGUUCCUAGAAUCUCGUAUUCAUUCUGGACUUGAUCCAAACUGCAGAUCUACUCUUCCACUUGACCCGAAAUCGUUUUCCAAGGUCAUGAAGACAAUUGACACAUUCAUCUUCGACGCUGAUGGUGUACUUUGGCUCGGUGAAUCAGUGAUGCCAGGAUCUCCUCGUCUGAUCGAUUAUCUUGUGAAACACAACAAACAAAUCAUUGUGCUCACCAAUAAUGCCACCAAAUCUCGUGCAGUUUAUGCAAAGAAGCUUGCAAAACUGGGAUACAACUCUUCAAAAAUGAACAAGAACAAUUUGGUGAAUCCAGCUGCAGUUGUUGCUGAUACUUUGCACAGAGCUGGAUUAGAUGGAAAACGAGUUUAUUUGAUAGGAGAACAAGGACUUCGUGAUGAAAUGGAUGAAUUAGGCAUUGAAUAUUUUGGACAUGGACCAGAAAAGAAACAAGAUGAAGCCGACGGAUCUGGUGCAUUCAUGUAUGAUAUUAAAUUGGAAGAAAAUGUUGGAGCAGUCGUUGUUGGAUACGAAAAACAUUUCGAUUAUGUCAAAAUGAUGAAGGCUUCAAAUUAUUUAAGAGAAGAAGGUGUUCUGUUUGUUGCAACAAAUGAAGAUGAAACAUGUCCAGGACCAAAUCCAGAAGUUGUUAUUCCUGAUGCUGGACCAAUUGUUGCAGCAAUCAAAUGUGCAUCUGGAAGAGAUCCAUUGACUGUUGGAAAACCAUGUACUCCAGCAUUUAAUUAUAUUAAAAGAAAAUGGAAUAUCAAUCCAUCAAGAACAAUGAUGAUUGGAGACAGAACCAACACAGAUGUCAAAUUCGGAAGAGAUCACGGAAUGAAGACUUUGUUAGUUUUAUCUGGAUGUCAUCAAAUUGAAGAUAUCAUUGAAAAUCAAAUGAACGAAAGAGAUGAUAUGGUUCCUGAUUAUGUUGCACCUUACCUUGGAGCUCUUGUUCCGGAGUCGAAUCAAAUUUAUUAUUAGUUACAUUCAUUCAUGAUAACUAUUACGAGUAUUUGUAUUUUCGACAUGACAUUUUCAAUUUUUAUUUGUAUUGAAUUGUAAACAUGAAUAAAAUUAAAAAUAAGUAUUGAGAUUGAUAGGUUAGGCUAAAACCGACUACCGUAUAUUCU